UUGGUGUGGAGAGUACAAACAUGGCGACGCCGGUUGUACAUGUGAAAGAAUCAGAGGAUGAUGUCUCCAAUAGCCUUUGUGAACUUGUGAUCAGCAGAGCUUCAGCAGCAAUCAAAACUAAGGGUUUAUUUGUUAUUGGGGUAUCUGGUGGAAGUGCUGCAAAAUUUCUUUGCAAUGGUUUGCCCUCUGCUGUUACUGAAUGGGAUAAAUGGCGUGUAUUUUUCUGUGAUGAGCGCUAUGUGCCUUUUGAUGAUCCAGAGUGCACCUACACAGUCUACAAAAAUGGACUGCUGUCAAAAGUGCCUGCUCUUGCUGACUAUGUGUACCCCAUCAACCCAGCUAUCCCUUUAGAGGAAGCUGCAGAUGAAUACCUGGGGAAAAUAAGAACUGUUUUUCCAGGAGAUGGCAUUCCCCGUUUCGAUGUCCUAGUGUUAGGCAUGGGUCCAGAUGGUCAUACCUGCUCACUGUUUCCUGACCAUCCAUUACUAAAGGAAGAUGAACAGCUGGUGGCACCAAUAGCAGAUUCCCCCAAACCUCCACCAGGCCGCAUUACUUUGACAUUUCCUGUCAUCAAUAAUGCAUCGUGUGCAGUGUUUGCAUCUUGCGGUGCUGGUAAAGCAGACAUUGUUCAGAAAGUUCUUGAAGGCAGUGGAGACAACCCAUUGCCAGCGGCCAUGGUGCGUCCAACUCAGGGUGAAGUUGUUUGGUUUCUGGAUGUUGCUGCAGCUUCCAAAUUGAAGUCUCAACAUAAACUGUAACUAGGUAAUCAAGAUUUUAGCAAAAUAUAGUGUUGGAAAAGGUAAAAGGUCUGGAUUCUGGUGAUACAGAGUAAAACAAACAAAAUUGUCCUCAAUCCUGGUUGACAGAAUUGUGGAGUAACUUGUUGAACGUGAACAAAGUAUGUCUAAACUGAAUCAGGAAUCAGGAUUGUUGAUACAUAUUUGCAUUUUCAAAUCUGCAGCUUUUGCAGGGUCAUGCUAAUGGAUAGUCAAUUACUCAUUGUAAUUAAAAAUAAACCCAUCUGAUUCAAAAUCCCAUUGGAUUAUUGUUCAGUUUGAUUCAAGGAUCAUUUAAUAUGCAUGAAUGAAAGAGCAAUGGUUGGUAUUGAUGUGCUUAUUUUUGAUAACUCUAAUGCAACGGAUGUCCAAUAGAACUGUAUAUUGUGCUGCUGGGAGUCCGGUUUUUUUCUUUUUUUUUGCUGUAGCUUUUUAUUUCUGUAUGGCAUUGACCUUAAAUGACAAAUUUUGUUUAUUGAUGAUACUUCGGAUGGAUCUGUCACUUGUUCCUGAUGUGAUUGAGGAACAAAAUUGCUGCGCAGUUUCAAAUAUCAUGUGAAAAGUAAGGAUUUUUUUUGUGGAGGACUGUAUAAUACAAUUCAGAUUCGAGCCAUGUCAGGGAUGUUUAUCUUUCUACAUUUCAUUCUUUGCCACAGGAAGUAAGCCAUUAUAUCUAACUCCUUUUCUGUUAAAUUCAAAAGCUGAAUUCAACCUAAACAGUACAGUUCACCUCACAUGACUUCUAUGCGUUCAUGCGAUGUUUCAUCAAGUAAUGUAUAUUCCCUUUGACUGCAUAUAUCCGUAAUCAGCUUGAAAGCUCAGCGUAUAAAGUAUCGUCUUUCAGAGCAAAAAGCAAAAAUGUCUCCUUGGUACGGCCUCAUUUAGGGCCACAGACAAACUACUGACAUCCAAGCAUUUGCAGAGCACUAGUUUGUCACCUAUGUAAUCCAACAGCUCAUUAAAAAGGGGUCAUUAUUGACAACCAUU